UUUUUAUCAUGUGAUUUGUGAUUUGUCAAAUAUUUCUGAUAACCGAAUGGCAGGUCAAAGCAAAACCCGAAAUUAAAUAAAAUUACUGCUUUUUUCAAUUAAUCCGGGUUCAAUUUAGCUAAAAAAAAAUGUCGAAGGUAAAGAAAGCUGCAGGCGGUGAUGGAGGAGCAUCAAAACAAACCCGCCAACAGUCCCAUGAUUCGCAGGACUACAGUUCAUUCAAGACAGUACUCUUUUACUGCAUGCUCAUCGUUUUCCUGCCCGUGCUGACCUUUUUCGUCCUGAAAGGCUUCGUUCUGGAUCAAUUCCUCGACAUAUCGGAAGUAAAAGUUAAUAUAGCAUCUGCCGUGGGAGCGGUUGUGGCAUUGCAUGUUGCUCUUGGACUUUAUAUCUACAGAGCUUACUUUGGAGCUUCCGGUUCCAAGGGCUCCAAAACGGACUAAACCUCAUCUACCCAGACUGUUAACCCAUUUCCAUUAUCUAUAAGUCGGAAAACACUCUUGUACAUACAUACUAUACGGAUACAAAUGUUUACUCGCCAGCAAGGGAGGAGAAAGUCGCCUGUAAACUGAGUGUAAUCGUUUUCCAUUGCAUAAGUUUCGAUAACAGCGUGGAAAACGUGUUGUUUUGUGUUCUAUGUGCAUAAGUUGUAUUAAAAAAGACAUAAAUAAGUGAAA